CUUGAGAACAUGUACAAUGUUGUCAAGUUUCAACUUACGUUUUCCUGAAUACAUUUAACACAAAAAUACUCCAAAACAUUUAUUUUCUUUGAUAGUAAUGAAUUAGUAAAAACUAGUGACAAAUCAUUUGCGGUGAGCAAAGAACGUACCCCAUCAUUUCAAUUUCACUUAUCAAAUAGUUUAUGUAAGGAUGCGUAAGAGCCUAAGGUAACCUCAAAAUUGCCCAAAUAAAAACAAAGAUGGCAGGUGAAGAACAAGCGAAAAGUGAUUUUGAAGGUGUUUUGAGCCGAAUUGAUCGUAAAUUUGAUUUAAUAGCGAUCAAAUGGUUAGAAAAUAAAAAUUUUGAGAUAAGGUUUCGAACUCAAAUCCAAAGAAAUAGCGACGACUUUAAUGCUUUAUGUGAUGAAUGGGUAGAUUUAUUUUCCGAAGUUACAAAAACCGUUUGGGUCAAAAAAGUUUCAAAUACAGGUCCUAAAAUAAAAUUUAGAAAGCAGUAUCAAUGUUGGACUUACGUUGAAAAAGAAGUUCAAAAAGAAUUGUUGUUUGAUGCUAGAAGAUGUAGAGGUACACUGGAUGUAAAGGUCUUAACUGACAAUCCCCUAACCAGGCGCAAAAAUAGGCAUAUAAAAUUGGGCUUAAACGUUGUUGUUAAAAUUAAUUUUAAUCAUCUUCAUGAAGUUGACACCAGCAGACCGUUUGCAUUUUUUGUGCAUACAUGCGAACCAUUAGCUGAAGUUCCUAAACCAACAGUACAACCCAACAAUAAUAUAUCUCAGAAAGUAGCUGAGAUUAUCAAAAGAAGACUGAAUGUUUCAUCAAAAGAAGUAAAUGGUGAAAGUUCCAAAAACAAUGAACAUAUUCCUCAGCAAUCUAAUUCUUCUGUAGUUGCACCAUCAACAAUAUCAAAUAUUGAGGAAAAGGCUUUUCCAGAAAACCACAGAUUAAGUACAGAUAACACAAUACCUGCAAUAUGUACUCAAGUUUUACCGAAUUUGGAAGAUAUGCCGUCAUGUUUCAAUCAAAAUUAUUUACCUGUUUUUAAUUUAGAUCAAGUACAAUUAAAUCCAUUGAUUCAAUUUAAUGGUACAAAUGACAGUAUUAAGUUAGAAAUUCAGCCACAAAUUCAACAACUAAGUCAAGUAAGCUUAUGUACACCACAACUAGGGAUGAGUGAGCCCAUUAUGUGUCAGCCUACACUAAUGCUAGAUUCCCAAAUUCUUUCAUUCACAGCACAUCACUUGGUUCAAAUGCAUUCUCAUAACUUACAAAAUCAAACAAGUUAUUACAUUUAAUAUAAACCUUAUGCUGAAAACGUGAUUCAUUAAAAGUUGUUAUUUUUAGUAUUAAAUAAUCCUCUGGUCAACUUGUGAAUAUUUUAAUGUACCUAAUAUUUUAUAAUCUGACUAUUUUAAAACAGAAGUCUUUUUAGAUUAUGAAGUAAUAUUAGCAUUAUUAUUAAGGUAUUCAUUUUGAGAAACAUGUGGAACUGGUAGAAUAAAUUUAAUAUAUUUUUGAGUACAUUAUCAUGAAUAAAGCUACUUAAUAUUGUAGUAAUAAAUAUACCUUUAUCAGCUCAAUUCCAGUAUUGUGAGUACUCUUUGUCUGACUAUGUAAAUACGAAGUAAUUAGUCUUCUACAAACUACUGUACCACAAGGUAGUACUUAUACAAUGAAAGGUUGUGGUUAUUUUGAAUAUGGACUUUUUUUUUGUAGCUCUCUAACUUAUUUGAAAUAUGUAAUGUGUAAUAUUAAGAAACAGUUUUCUUGUACUGAUAUUUUCUUUUGUUGAUGUUUACUGUUUGAAUACUUUUGUUUCUGAAAUAAACAUUAAAAU